AUGGGUUCAAUAAUAUCAGCACCAAUUCCUGAUGAAAUAUAUCCAGUAGAAUCAUAUGUAUCUAAUAAUCCAAGAAAAGAUAAUGUACAUAGCUUAGGAAGUACAAGAUUUAUGAAAGUUGCUAGAGUUGAUAAACAUAAACAAGCAAAAGUGAUGAAAGUAUUUGUAAUAAAUGAUCAAAAACUAAAUCUGCAACCAUUUGAAAAAGAAGUUGUGCAAAUAAAAAAUAAAUUAGUAGGUGCUCCAAAUUGUUUGCCUUUUUUUGCUGUAAAUAAUUGUACAAAAUAUUUAUUAUUAUCAAGACCUUAUAUUAAAGAUUCAUUAUAUGAAAGGUUAAUGUCAAGACCAUUUUUAUUAGAAAUUGAAAAAAAAUGGAUUGCUUACCAACUUAUAAAAGUACUUAAACAAUUAAAAGAUUCUGAUGUUUGUCAUGGAGAUAUAAAAUCACAGAAUGUUUUAAUUUCAUCAUCAUUAUGGGUUCAAUUAACUGAUUUUGCUUCAUUUAAACCAACAAGACUUCCCUUAGAUAAUCCAUCUUGUUUUAAUUUCUUUUUUGAUACUUCUAGAAGGAAAAGUUGUUAUGUAGCUCCUGAAAGAUUUACAAAUGAUAUUGAUAUGUCAGAGAAAUCUCUUUUUAGUCAACCACUAAAUCAUAAUAUGGAUAUAUUUUCUAUUGGUUGUGUUUUAUGUGAAUUAUUUAGUGAUGGAAGAUAUUUAUUUAAUCUAGCUCAACUUUUAGAAUAUAAAGCUUCUGAUCAAAAGAUAACUGAAUUUAAUGAAAAUAUUAAAAAAAUUAUGAAACAUGUACCAGAAAGUAUGAAAGAAUUAAUCUUAAUAAUGAUAUCAAAAGAAUCUGAUACAAGAUUGGAAUAUACUAAAUAUUUAUCAGUAGCAUUUCCACCUAUAUUUGAUGAAUUUUAUAGAUUUUUUCAAAAUUUGGCUCCAAAAUCACUUACUGGUGUCUCAACAACUUUAUCAUCAAAUGCUAGUUAUUUAAAGGAUGUUACUGAUUCAACAUAUGAUUUUGAUUAUAUUUUAUCUAUGUCACUUUUUAAUAAUGAAAAUUUUGAAGAAGAUGAAACAUCAUCUAUUUCUCCAUGGAAUAUGUUAACAAAUGCUCUUGAAGAAAAUUCUGAUAAUAGUGUAGUACUUUUAAUAACAUUUAUAAAUUCUAAAAUGCGUGUAAUAAGGAAUAGUAGUGCAAAAAUAGCUUGUUUAAUGUUAUACAAAAAACUUGCUAAAUUAUCAACACCUAUACUAAUAAUAGAUCGUAUCUUACCAUAUAUUAUAUAUUUUUUUAAUGAUCCCAAUGAUUCUGUAAAAGAAGAAGCUUUUUUUGUAAUGUGUUAUGUACUUUCAUGUAUUGAUGUUGUACCACAACAUGAACAUAGAAUAUUUCCAGAUUAUAUAUUUGGUAAAAUUGAUUUAUUAAUGAAUGAUCAUUCAUCAAUUAUUAAAAUGGCAAUAGCUAAAAAUUUAGGAUUAAUUGCUGUUACAGCAUUAAGAUAUUUAAAAACAUCUAAUCCAGCAUUACCUGAUAUGGAUAUUAGUGAACAAGAUCAAAUAGCAGAAAUGCAAAAUGAUCCAGAAGCUGUUUUUAAGAAAGAAAAAAAAUAUUUACAAAAAUUUAUUUUAGAAAAAUUUAUUAUUUUAUGUGAUACACCAUCUGCAAGACCAUGUUUAAUAACAAAACAAAAUUUAGCAUAUUAUUGUGAUUUUUUUGAAAAAAGUGAUAUAACUGAUAUUUUUGGGCAUAUGACAAGAUUUUUAAAUUUUGUUGAAAAUUGGAGAUUAAGAGUUAAUUUUUUUGAAGCUAGUAGUACAUUAAUAAUAUCAUCAGGUUCACAAAUAACAAAAUUUUUAGAAGUUCUUAUUACAGAUACAGGAUUUAAAAAUAGUGAUGAAUUUGUUAUAUAUAGUGCUAUGAAAUGUUUUGAAUCACUUAUUAAAGAAAGUCAAAUAGAUAAAAAUGUAAUUAUAGAAAUAUUUAGGCAUGCAUCACCAUUUCUUAUUCAUCCAAAUACUUGGCUUCGUGCUGGUGUUGUUAGAAUUCUUGGAUUAUUAGAAUCAAAAUUUAAUGAUGUUGAUAUGUUUAGUCUUGUAUCACCAAUCAUUGAACCAUUUAUUAAACAAACUAUUUAUAAAUAUAGUAAUCCAAUUGUUGUAACAAAAAAUUUAAUUGAUCCUAUACCAAGAAGUAUAUGGAAAAUACUUAUACAUUCAGAAUAUUGUAUACAAUUACUAGAUUCAUUAAUUAAAGCAAGAAGUUUACAUACACCUAUUUCUAAUUCACUUAAUGUUAGUAAUAUUUCAACAUCAACUUUAAAGUUGUAUGAAAAAUUAAAAACAAAUGGUCUUGAUAAGGAUAUGGAAAAUAAGUUAAUAUAUUUUAAUAAAAUUUUACCUGUAAUAUCAGAUUAUAAACAAAAUGAAGAUAAAAAUCAUCUUAAAUAUGUACCAACAAUAAAUAAUGUUGAUUUAUCAUCAAUACCAAAUCUUACUAGAUGUAAAUUAGAUCUUGUUUCUGGAGUUAAUCAAACAUUAAAAAAUAAUCAUGAAUCAAAACAAAAAACUAAUGAUAAAAAUUAUUCAAAUGACAAUGGAACAUUUAAAAAUUUAAAUCUUGAUAUUAAUUCAAAAUAUGGGAAAUAUACAAAUAUUCAUACAGGUUCUGUUGAAUCAUUUAAUUCACAAACAAAUUAUCAAAAAAAUUUAAAAGAUCUUCUUGAAUAUGAAAUAAAACGUUUUAAAGAAAAUAGUAGUUUAUAUAAUGAUUCUAAUGCUUUAUAUACAGGAACUAUGGUUGAAACUGAAACUUAUAAUAUAAAUUGUCCACCAAGAUUAACAUUACUAAGUAAUGUUUAUGAACAUUAUGAUGCAAUAACAAAAUUAGCUGUUCAUAAAAAUGGAAAUACAUUUGUUUCAGGAAGUGAGGAUGGAUCUUUUAAAAUUUGGACUGCAGAUUCAUUUAAAAAUUUACAAAAUUGGACAAUAAAAUCAAAAUUUACUAAAAAAAAUGAUGAUGUAAUUGUUAAUUCUGUUCAAUUUGUUACAAAUAAUAAUUGUACAAUUGGUGUUGCAUAUUCUGAUGGAUUAUUACAAAUAAUUGAUCCUGAUAGUAAACAUCCAACAAGAAAUAUUAAGUAUGAUUUUGAAAAACAGGGUCCUAUAUUAGAUAUGUAUGGAUCAAAUAAUAUUAUAUAUGCUAUAACAAAACAAAGUUUUAUUAAUAUUUUUGAUUUACGUGUACAUAAUAGUGGUGUUAGUGAUGCUAUAUGGAAUGAUUGUAGUAAUAAUUUAAUAACAACAUUAGCUGUAGAUCCAUUAAAUGAAUAUUGGAUGGCUACAAGUGGUCCCAGUCGUCCAAGUGUCAUUAAUAUUUGGGAUUUAAGAUUUAAAAUAAAAAUAAUUAAUCAUAAUUCUAAUGAUAAAUAUAAACAAUAUUAUAAAAUAUGGCCUUAUAUUAGAUCUGGUCAAUGUAAAGAAUUUUGGGCAUCUGAUAUGGAAUAUUUUCAUUGUGAUUUAUAUUCUCUUUAUAAAUUAGAUCCUGAUGAAGAUAGAAAUUAUAGGAUGAGAAUUUUUGAUCAAAUAACUGUUUCAUCAAGACCUACAGAGCAAACUACUAAUAAAAUAUCUAGAGUAACUAAAUUUAAUAAUGUUGUUAAUGCUAUGGCUAUUUGUCCUUUAACUGGACAUAUAUUUACUGGUGACUUUUCUGGAGCAAUAAGAUAUUGGGAUGUUGAAAAUAGUAAUCGCUGUAACUACUUAUGUGGACAUUUAAAAAAAUAUAUAAAUGAUGAUCUUUAUAAUGUUACAUAUGAUAUAAACCAUAGUACACUUGACAAUAAUCCAUGUCGUCUUGUUAAAGAAAUAUGGAAUGAAAAACCUCAUCAGACUACCAAAGACGAUAGAUAUAAAACAACAAAAGUUGAUUAUGGACAUACAAGUUGUAUAUCAGAUCUCUUAUCCAUUCCAAAUAAUCUUCUUGUCUCUGGUGAUCAAAGUGGUGUAGUAAAAGUGUGGAAAAUAAAUGUUGAUUAA